CCGGGCCCUGCUCAUCGGCCCCGCCCCGCCGCAGUUCCGCUUCCGGUUUUCUUCCGCUUCCGGCUGCGGUUCCGGUUCCGGUACGGGUGCCGCCAUGCCCGAGGCGCUGUCGCUGCUGUGCCGGGUGUCCGCGCACCCCGAGUCCCGCUGCUGGGCCCUGGCCUGGAGCCCCAGCGGGGCCCUGCUGGCGUCCUGCGGCGGGGACCGCACCGUGCGGAUCUGGGGCCGCGACGGCCCGGGCUGGACGUGCCGGGCGGUUCUGGCCGAUGGACAUCAGCGCACCGUGCGCAGGGUGGCCUGGUCGCCCUGCGGCCACUACCUGGCCUCGGCCAGCUUCGAUGGCACCACCUGCGUCUGGAAGCGCCAGGAGAACGACUUCGAGGUGGUGGCCACGCUGGAGGGGCACGAGAACGAGGUGAAGUCGGUGGCCUGGGCACCCUCGGGGUCACUGCUGGCCACCUGCAGCCGGGACAAGAGCGUCUGGGUCUGGGAGGUGGACGAGGAGGAGCAGGAGUUCGAGUGUGUCAGUGUGCUCAGCGCUCACACACAGGAUGUCAAACACGUGGUGUGGCACCCCAGCCAGGAGCUGCUGGCCAGUGCCAGCUACGAUGACACGGUGCGCCUGUACCGCGAGGACGAUGACGACUGGGUGUGCUGUGCCACCCUGGAGGGUCACACGUCCACCGUGUGGGCAGUGGCCUGGGAGCGCUCCGGGCAGCGCCUCGUGUCCUGCAGCGAUGACCGAACCCUGCGCGUGUGGCAGCGCUCCGAGGGACAGGGACAGGGACAGGGCAGUGGCACGGAGCCCAGCUGGAAAUGUGUGUGCACCCUGUCCGGGUACCACGGGCGCAGCAUCUACGACGUGGCCUGGUGUCACCUGACGGGCGCGGUGGCCACGGCGUGCGGCGACGAUGCCGUGCGGGUGUUCGAGGAGGUGGCCCCGGUGGCCCCGGGGUGCCCGGUGACCUUCGGCCUGGCCGCCCACGUGCCACGGGCACACGCCCAGGACGCCAACGGGGUGGCCUGGCACCCGCGGGAGCCGGGGCUGCUGGCGUCCUGCGGGGACGACGGGGACAUCGCCUUCUGGCACUACCAGCGGCCCGAUGGCCUCUGAGGGACGCGGCCAGCAGCGCCCCCGGGAGCCUCCCCGGCUACCGGGACCCUCCCGUGGCCACCGGGAUCACCCCGUGGCCUCCGGGAUGUCCCAGGGGCCUCCAGGACGUCUCGGUGUUCUCAGGAUCCCCCAAAUCCUCCAGGACCCCCCAGGUUCUCCAGAACUUUCCCAGGACCCUCCAGCGUCCCCCAGGUCCCCUUCACAUCGUCCAGGACCUUCCCAAGUCCUACAAGACCCUCCCGGUGUCCCCCAGAAUCCCCCAGAUCCUCCGGUGCCCCCCAGGUUCUCCAGGACAUCUUCCAGCACCUUCCCGAGUUCCAGAGCCCUUCCAGGUGUCCCCCAGGUCCCCCCUCCGUGUCCCCGUCCCAUCUCCCUCCCCAGCUGGGUUUGUGGGGUCGGGAUGGGGUUUGGGAUCCCUGCAGGAUUUCCUGGCCCAAAGCCAAUAAAUCCAAGGAU